GCGCCAAGUCAGGAGACGAAGUGCUGGGUCCCGGGUGGGAGCCACUUCCUGCCCCGCGGUCGGCCCGGCUCUCGGCCUCCGAGUCCCUCCGGUCAGGAGCUCCUGCCCGAGGCGUCCUCUCGCCUUCGGAAGCUGCUCCGUGAAGGACCCUUGCUUCCCCCCGCUCAGGCGGGUGUCCUAGUUACUCCUCGGAAUAGGGCAGUCUCCUGCUUCAGACUGACGAUUCCCGGAGCCCAAGACCUGUCUCCCCUCGAGACUUGUGCUCCUGGAGCCGGAAUCUUGUCUCCUCUCUUUGAAACUGCCUUUCGCGUUCCCUAACCCCGCCAGAUAUUGAAGCGUGAGAACCCACCCGGAAAGCACCGCGGCUCGCACUUUCUGCGCACGCUCAGAAGUGACCGCCUGCGAGGACUACGGAGUCGUGAAAAGAUGCCGUAAAGCCGCAAUGACUUCUGGGCAAUGAAGUCCUGCCUGUGGAUUGGCUGUCUGAUGGAGGAGCUUCCUUGUGGUUGGGUGUUCUGAGACCAUCCUUAAAAGGGCCACUUCUCAUUCGUCAGCCACAGGCACCUCCACCGAAGCGCCAUGGCUCCCAGGAAACGUGGCAGUCGGACGAACAAGACCAACUCGUUGCGGAGCCAAAAGCUCGCCUCCUUUCUUAAGGACUUCGACCGUGAAGUGCAAGUACGAAUCAAGCAAAUUGAGUCAGACAGGCAGAACCUUCUCAAGGAGGUGGAUAACCUGUACAACAUCGAGAUCCUACGGCUCCCCAAGGCUCUACGCGAGAUGAACUGGCUUGACUACUUCGCCCUUGGAGGAAACAAACAGGCCCUGGAAGAGGCAGCAACAGCUGAUGUGGAUAUCACAGAAAUAAACAAACUCACUGCAGAAGCUAUCCAGACUCCCCUGAAACCUUCCAAAACACGAAAGGUAAUACAAGUGGAUGAAAUGAUAAUGGAAGAAGAAGAGGAGGAGGAAAAUAAACAUAAGAAUCUUCAAACUUCAAGAGUCAAAAGGUGUCCUCCAUCUAAGAAGAGAACCCAGUCCAUACAAGGAAAAGGCAAAAGCAAAAGAUCAAGCCACAACAGCACUGUGACCCCAGCUGUAAGCAGAUUAGAGUUGUCUAUGGCAAAACCAACUCCAUGCCCGACGCCCAGGUUUGACUCCAGGGUCUUCAAGGCCCCAGGCCUGCGCACGCCAACAGCCAGAGAACAGAUUUACAGCAUCUCUGCCAAUGGCAGCCCUCUUGCUGAUGGCAAAGAGAUCUCCCUGACUGUGCCAGUGGGCGGCGGAGCGAGUAUGCGGUUAUUGGCCAGUGACUUGCAGAGGAUUGAUAUCACACAGCUGCAUCCAGAGGCUUUAGGGGACAUUAAGAAGCUCUCGAGUCAUCUCGCCCAAAUCUGCAGCAGUAUACGAUCCCACAAGUGAGGAAGCAGGACUGUACAGGCUGUAGCAGUGACAUUGGCAGCAGAAGGUGCACAUCUCCCUCCUGUUACCCACCAUCUCCUCCUCUGUCAAUGCGGGAUACUAGGUGGGGCCUUGGAAUCUUUUACCUGCUGUGCCUAAUAGUCCUUGUCAAGCUGAUGUGUGGAGCAGAGUUUUGUGCUUAUCAAAGACCAAAAACUGGUUUGGAGGCAGCUUCCAUGUCUUGUAUUUCUACCUCUCUAGUUAGUGGGGAUUUGGAGAAGGGAAUUACAGGGCUUAGAGUAGUCUAGGAGUUUAAGUGACUGGCUGCAGAGUAAUUAUCCCUACGCUAUCUAUUGGUCCAGUGGUCCCUGCCAGGUCUGUGGACUCCGCAGAAAGCACUUCUCUCAGGGGGAUCACUGGGAGGGCCAGGUGCCUUGUCUGGUGAUAUUAUGCAUUUAGCUCAUGCUGAGGGCAUAGACUAGUUGUGUGGAGUCAGCAGUGACAGCCUUGUGGUCUGAGCAGAGCCUCUGGAUCCCAAAGGGCCACAUACUAUGGUCCAGGAAUUUUGGGAACUAGGAUUAUUACUCCUGGCUUGCAGGCACGAAGCUCCCUCUCUUGCGUCUGACUCUUUGUGUGGCAUCUUUUGUGUUAUUAACUCGGUCCUGUACAGGCUGGUUGUUGCAAGUUGCUUUAUUCUCCUUUUCAUGAGACUUUUUGUACAUAUUGUUUUCCUAGUAAUGGUAUCUCCAAGCUGAUUUGUUCAAAUCAGUUACUGCAAGAUACUGCUUUCAAUAAAUUUUGAUUUUGUUUUUUAA